AUGCAAGGAGUACAAGCCGCCGUCCCCCGUCUUCCGAUCCGUAGAUCCGCUUGUGAUCGGUGUAAGGGACAUAAACUAAGAUGCCUGCGAGACCCGGGACAAGAGCGCUGCUACCGAUGUACGCGAGCAGAUGCACAAUGCGCUACUACCCCGAACGUGCCUAUACGGUCCCGCCGUCGGAUAGGGGGUGUCAGUUCUAGAACACAGAAACGACCGCGACAAGAUGACCGACAACAAAAUAUCCCGCCUACUGAUGUUAACCAGGCAAUUAAUACGCCAUUGCCCAUUUUCUUCGAGGGUUCCAGCAAUGUGCAAGAUAUGACUUAUCCUCCCGAGAUUAUGGAGUCUUGGGACCCUACUAUCUACGGAUCCCUGUUUGGCGAUGGCUUCGAUGGAAAUUUCGCAUGUUUCGAUUUUACCGCCAAUAAGGCUCAUCUGCCUACCUUGGAUUAUCAACCAGAGAUGAUGAAUUUGUCUACUUUCCAGACAGAUGCUUUACCGGCUGGGGCAUUGUAUUUGCAGGGCCAGGAGACUAGCAUAGCCAAUAAUACGUCGACUUCUCCGGAAUGUGUCGACGCUACUCAGGAUUCGGUUAUCGAAGUUGGCCGUGGAAUCUCCGAGAGCGAAACACAACGACUGGCGAAAAUAAACCUCGACUUGGUUAAGCUCCUGGACCAGAUUGGACGAGGGUCUCCCGAGAUAAGUCUCGAUACACUCGUUGCGCCCAUUGAUCAAUUAGACGAUUUUUCCGGGACCCAAAUCCAUAGUGUACUGUUCAGCAGCCGCGAGUUCGUAGAUGUCAUAUCUACGCUUUCGGAUGCCAAUCGGACACCAGCAGCAAUAACGUCGCACGGUUCUUCUCCGAGGACGCCGGAAUCCGGACCCGUUAGUAACAUAAGCGGCUCAACUAGAGGUCGCAAUUCUCCACACUCGUCCGAAUAUGGUCGGACCCUAGCCAGCCCAUCACUUGUGUCUACGAUAGGAAAUCGGCCUAAACGCCGCCUCGAUUCAGCAACACUCAUGCAUAUUCUCAUAUCCUAUAUCCACAUUACGCAGCUCUACCUGAUAAUUUUCACCCAUUGCUACGAGGCCCUCCUAGAGAUAUCUAAAAGCGAUGUCCCUUCGCUACGUGAACUACCCGGGUUGGACUUUGGUAGCUUCCCGCUUCAAUCCGGCAACCUGCAAGUCACGAUGUUUAUUCAGGUCAUCAUUAACCUAUUCGGCAAGAUGGAGAACCUGCUUGGUAUACCGCAAGAAUUUCGAAUUGGCGGACAUGGAACCCAUCACGGCGGCCUAUUGAAUGAACCGGAAUUCUUCAGGGUCUUGAGGGCGGUAUUGUCCAAGGAGGAACUUGUAUGUAAGCCAGAUCUCGGGAAAGGGGGUGUUAAUGCGUUGCGAAAAUACCUUGAGCAGACAAGACAGCUACUGCGGGAUAGUAUAGAGCCGUAG